ACCACUCCCAAUCCUGUUCGACCUCGUUGAGAAUGAGGAGCAAUGCCCGUGCAGCAGUUGUCGGACAAUACUGCACCAAAAGAUUGUAAAAAAUGUCAGCUUCGUCGCAUUAAAUGUGACCGCAGUCUACCGGGAUGCAACAAAUGUGCAAAGCGUAGUCUGGAAUGUCCGGGCUACGGGGUAGCUGUUAGAUGGGUGCAAGGUGUUGCAAGUCGAGGAAAGCUGCAGGGGAAAUCCAUUCCCUUGCGAGAUGCACCUGCCGCAACAUCGUCACUACCACAUGGGCUAAACAGUGUUUUAUCGAGCAUUGAGGACGUGCAGCAUCAGGUUGCUGUUCCACUGUCGCCAUCGAAUCCGUGCCUCCUCGACACUCAAACCCCACAUGCGCCUCAAUUACUUCAAUACUUCAUGGAAUGUGUUGCCCGCAGGUUAGCGUGGAUAGAUGGUCCUGAGAAUCCAUGGCGACACGUCGUCGUGCCUUUAUUCGAGGGCUCAGAAACGGUGCUCUCAUCUGUCCUCGCUUUAACAGCACAUGAUAUGGCAUCUCAAUAUCCUUCCGGUGAUUUUUGGUGUGACAAAUUUCAAAGGAUAUCGAAAUCCUACCAAAACAAAGCCCUUGGACUUCUCGCUUGCGAAAUUAGCAUCCUGCGCACGCCGCCUGACUUACGAUCUACUACUAACAUAUCUACUCCUGUCCUUGCAUCUGCGAUCAUCCUCUGCAAUGCUGAAUUACUGGCGGCCCAAGAAGCCGGAUGGCGGGUCCAUCUACAAGCUGCACAGGAGGUCAUCAGGACAGAAACUGAUCGGUUACUUCUGCAAAAACCGGCAGACCGCAUCGAAGAAUUCUUCCUACAGGAGUUCUAUGCAACUUCGGUAUGGGCACAUCUGACAACCUUCCACGAUAUAGACGAGAUUGUACAAACUCCUCUUACUGGCAGCAGAGAUGCUGUCUUUACUGAUCUCAUCCGGAUCAUCCAUCAAAUCACCCAAGCGGAACGCAUCAAAGCUCGUGCUGAACUCUUGCAAUUACCGCCGCCAGACCUAAUCCCCUGCGUCGACAUCCAUAUUCAACUCGAGCUAGCCAGACGGAGUGCUGUAUGUCUGGGGCAAUCGAUUCAGUUCUGGUCCGACAACGACAGGCGCGCUUUUGAGCAUCUCGUAUGGAUGUAUUUUCACGCCAGUCUGAUAUACAGCUACCAAGCACUCGCAGACCAUCGUACAUGUCAAACACUGAUUAAGCAAUCCCGCGAUGCGAUUCUUACAAACUUGCACUCUCUGUCCGGAACCGGGAAUGAGCUGUUUGCGCAGAAUCUUGUAUGGCCGCUCUUUAUCGCUGGGACAGAGUUUCAGGAGAAUCGCGCUAGCCAGAAGCUCAUCGAGCGUCAUCUCACAAAUGUGAUGCGCAUUAGCCGUACGUUGGAUAGAAAUCGGGUGUUGUCGUUUCUGAAGGAUUGGUGGACAUUACCUGAUGGCCAAUGUAUAUCGUGGAUUAAGCUGGCGAGGAAACGGGCUUGGGCGUGUGGCUUUUUCUUAGCAUGACAAAACGUGAUGUGAGCAACAAUCCCAAGUAUAAAAUGCAAGUACUUCCCCCCUCGUUAGAUAUACUCCGCGGUAGUAUAAUUAAGCGGUCCCAAACCC